ACAAACCAUAGCACAGCAAAAAAAAAACACACCCUAAAGAGACAAUGAGAAAGCUGCUAGCCUUUGCCUUUCUUUUCUUCUUCUUUUGGGAUAAAACAUUAGCUCAAAUAGCUCCGGCGCCACCGUUAAAGGUGGACAACAUCACUUCCAUCCUCGAAAAAGGUGGCCAAUUCACGACUUUCAUCAAGCUAUUGAAAGCCACACAGGUGGCUGAUCAACUAAACAACCAGCUAAGCACACCGGACCCAAACGACGGGAUAACGGUGUUUGCACCGAGUGACAACGCGUUCUCCGGACUCAAAUCCGGGACGUUAAACUCACUUUCCGACCAAGAGAAGCUUCAGUUGGUUCAGUUCCAUAUACUCCCGACGUUAAUGUCGACGUCGCAGUUUCAAACGGCCAGUAACCCUUUGAGAACCCAAGCUGGGGAUGUUAAAGGUGGGAAGUUUCCGCUUAAUGUGACGGCGGAGGGGAACCAAGUGAAUGUGACGACCGGAGUGGUGAAUGCGACGGUGGAGAAUAGCGUGUUUUCUGACCGGAGGAUCGCGGUUUACCAGGUGGAUAAGGUGCUUUUGCCGUUGGAGAUUUUUGGGACAGCGCCGGAGCCGGCUCCGGCGCCAGUUGUUCCGGAGAAUGGUGGUUUGGUUUCGAGUCCUAAAACAGCGGUUAAGGGUGCUGAUGCAGCUGGUGCGGUGAGCUUGAAAUUUCAUGCUUUGGCAAUGGGUUUUUCGUCAUUUGCUGUUUUCUGGGCUAUUUUGGGGGGAUUUUGAUUUUGGAUUUUAUUUUUGCAUGCGAUGCUUGUGUUACUGUUUGUAAUUUGUGAUUGUGAUUAAAAAUAUUUGAUUUUUUUGUUUGUUAAUAUUGAAAAAUGCAAUAAAUAAUUAUUAUUUCGAUAUUAA